GCAGUAUUUCAGUUCGUGUUGUAUGAACUGAACAGCUAUGAGGAUGUGGACGUUUUCUAUAAAUGUUUUGGCAUUUACAUUAUAUAUAUCAGGACAACAUUUUGCUAAUGGUCUUCAAGAUGUAACAACUGACCUAUUCGGGUCGGAAAAUUAUGGCACUGUGGCUGCGUUUGGCGAUUUUAACUCGGAUAAACAAACAGACAUAUUCAUCAUCCGAGAACAGUCUGAAUUGGUCAUUUUUUUGGCUGAUUUGAAAGUGCCAUACUUCAAGCCCAAAGUACAUGUCAAAAAGGAAGAUCUCCCAAAGGAUGUCAUCAUCACCAGUGUGGUUCCUGGUGACUAUGAUGGAGACUCUCAGAUGGAUUUGCUCCUCACCGCCCAUCUUACAUCCAAAACUUCAGUCGAGACCAGGGUCUUCAUUUUCUGGGGAAACAACCAAACCCUGGACACACAUAUGCGAGUUGAACUUAACACAACAUUUGUGGAUCAGCCUCUUGUCAUGGAUUUCAAUGGAGACAUGAUUCCAGACAUCUUUGGGAUCACUGCUGACAGUUCCACUCAAGUCUGUGAUCUUACUGGAAGGAUCACCACAUGCCAGAGAGCUUUGGCUUCACCUGUGAAUAUGCGUGUCCCCCAUUCCAAUGCUUUCAUCGACCUGAACAAAGAUUUCACAGCUG